AGGUGGCGCAUCGAACGAGGGCCGCCGAACCCCAGAACAAGGCGGAAAGACAGGUCGCCAGGGCCGUGGACAGGGAGGACAAGGCGGACAAGGCGGACAAGGCAAGAAUGGUGGUGGCGGCAGCGCAGGCACACAAGGUUCGUACUAUGGAUAUGCCUACGACGGUUAUUACAACGGGUAUGCAGCAGAAGGCCGUAACCCUGAUUGGAAUUGGCGCAACGGAUACUGGGGAAUGGUGCCAGCCCCUUACGUCGCAUUUUGGGGAAAAGGAGGCAAAGGAUCCGGCGGCCGUGGCGACAAGAACUUCUACUGGUCUGGGAACGGAGGAUACUACAAUGACUAUCCUCAGCCUGAGGGCUCCCAUGGCCAAAUGCAGCAUGCGCAGCAUAACAACCAACCUCCUCCCAAGCCGGCGGUGAGUAAAACCACCGAAGACCUGGGAACGCAGCGUUGGCAGU